AUGACCAGGCCAAGUAUCCAAGCUCCCAAAUGCUCAAGUUCCCCAGUGGUCAAGAAGUGUCACGUGACCCGCGACCCGCGUCCUUCUUUGACAGCACACCACAUCUCACUGCACAACACCCACAUCGUCGACUGUCUACUCAUCGUCACUCACACCACUCCCGACUCUCGACUCCCGACUACCGUUUAUCUCUAUAAAACACCCAAAACCAUCAAUCACUUCAUACGAAAACUUACCCACUAUCCACACCCACCUACACCGUUUCCACCUUCCAAUAUCGGGACCACCAUCAAAAUCGUCACCAAAAACCCUCCAUCUAAAACUCUCCAUCUUCACCACCAUUUCUCCCAUAUCUCGUCUUUCGUUCCUCUUCCACCUCGUCCACCACGAUCUUUCCCUCCGCUUACCCGCUCGUUACCCGCCCUUCGCCUCGUCCGCCGUAUCGCGAAUCUUUGCACCUAA